GUUUCUGUGUUGUUGGAUUCCUUCCUCUCUGAGGGAGAGCAGAGGAACAGGGCAGCAGGUUUAUGGCUCAGAUCAACUUCUGCAUCCUGACCUGUUAGAUGGCAGUAAAACCGUCGCUGUGAAGACGUACAACUUUUACUCUGGAGCCGAAUAAUCUAGUGCAAGUUGUCGUGCAGCAGGUGGUCGUUGGGGAUUUAUUUAGCAGCAGCAGAACCUCCCAGUCAGCUGAGAACUUCCCGAGGCUCGGACCAGAACCGGAGUGGAACCGGACCUGCCGAGCCCGUCAGAACCCGGUCCGGGUCUCCAGGAGGCUCUGGACGUUUCUCUGGGUCAGGACAUGGACGGACUCUGAUCCGGAACCAGGUGCAGGCCGCUGCUCGCCGCUGAUGGAGACGCGGUUGCCAUGGAAACGCUGCAUCCACCUGACUCUGCUGCUGGUCCAGCUGCGUUUACCUGAAGUGGGAGCUUCCUGUCGGAUCCUGAGGUGUAACGCUGAGUUUGUUGCUGCGACCGUCCACCUGAGCGGCGGCGGCGGCGCGGCGCUCAGCAGCGACUUGGCGUACUGCAGCGCCCUGCGCUCCUACAGCCUGUGCACCAAGCGGACGGCGCGGCCGUGCCGCGGAGACCUGGCCUACCACUCAGCGGUGCAGGGCAUCGAGGACCUGCUGAUCCAGCACCGCUGCCCGCGGGCGGGGCCCACGGCCCGGCCCUGGCCCCUCCCACAGGGCGCCGUGUCUGGGGACGCCUGCCUCUACGAGCGGAGCUUCGUCAGCAGGGAGGGCCGCGCGCCGGAGUACCGGCACUGCAGCGUGUUCGGAGACCCGCACAUCCGAACCUUCAGCGACGACUUCCACACCUGUGCUGUGCAGGGGGCGUGGCCUCUCAUUGACAACGAUUACCUGUAUGUGCAGGUCACCGGCGCGCCAACCAGUCAUGGGACGCACCACACUGUCGUCACCAAGAUCACCAUCAUCUUUAAGAGCUGGCGGCAGUGUACCGACCAGCAGCUGUACCAGGCGGAGCUGGACGACGUUCCCGCUGCCUUCGCCGACGGCUCUCAGUGGAGCGGCGAGCGACGGGGCCGCCGCGUCCUGACGGUGCGGACCGACAGUCCCGGCCGGCACGCCGAGAUCCGGGCGGCGUACAUCGGUACGCUGCUAGUGGUGCGGCAGAGCGGCCGCUCGCUCGGCCUGUCCGUCCGCUCGCCCCGCGGCGUCCUGGAGGCUUUCCACCCGGACCACGACCUGCAGCUGUGCGUGUGGGGCUGCCCCGCCUCCUACAGGGUGGACGCGCAGCGCCCGCCGCCGCCGCCGCACGCCGCCGGCGCCGCGGAGGCUCACUGCGCCGCGCUGCUUCCCACCCGGGACGUCUACUACCACGCAUGCGUGUUCGACCUGACCGCCAGCGGAGACCUGAACUCCAGCGGAGCCGCGGUGGGCGCCCUGCAGGACGCCCGCAGCAUGACCGGCAGCGGGCAGGGCGUCCACCUGCGGCCCGUCGCGGCUGCGGGACCAGCGGGGCCGCAGCCGCCGCUGCUGCCGCUCAGCAUGCUGGGAGUUCUGGGCGGGGCCUGGAUCACCUGCUGCUAGUUACAUUCACUCGAGUAAUUUUUUGAGAUAAAAAAAAGUAUUUUUAGGAGAAUUUUUACAAUUCUUUACUUUUGACCUUCAUGUGAGUGAUUCCGUUAUGAAGCAUCGCUGCUAAACUGGAUCCUCCACUGAGAAACUUCACUGAACCAAGAACAAACUUACAACAAGUAAAACGUUUACAACAAAAGUUUAGUUUCACCAAAAGAAACAUUUAAUUUCAUUGCUAUAUAUUUAGUUUUGAAUUAAAUAUUUAGUCUUGAAUAAUGACUGAAAUAUAACUUUAAAAAAUGAACAUUUCUUUUCUCUCUAACAGACUAAAUAAACUAAGUUUUUGCUGUUAGUUUUUUAGUGUAACUUUUCAAACGGCGCCUCGUUUCAACCAAACAUCCAUCAGAAUCAGAAGGACGAUCAGAUUCUGUUCAAGUUUCAUUAGUUUUAUAUUGAAAGAAACAGAUUUGGAAAAAUGUUUUUCUUGCUUGAGUUUUGUUAUUUUCUAGUUAUUUA